AUGGAGGAGCGGCCCCCACCGUCCGACACCGAUGCCGACGCCCCUAUCCGCCCCCUCCCCCUCCCCCCGGGCCACGAGGCCUACGUGGUCCAGUUCCCCCUCGACAGCGUGUGCCGCGUCCCUCCCCCGGACCACGCCCGCAUUGUCGAGGAGCACACCCGCAAGACUGCCCUCAAGCUCUCCCAGCCCCGCCGCCGCCGCUUCCACUGCUCCCUCGCCCUCCCCAUCUUCCUCAUCGUCUCCGUCCUCUCCCUCGCCGUCCUCACCGCCCGCUCCACCCUCUACCGCCCCCUCACCCCCUCCUUCCACGUUACCUACAUCCGCGCUUACAACUUGACCAAUAAUUUAAUAUCCAAUUCCAAUUCCAGUUCCUGUUCCAGUUCCAAUUCCACGCGCCGCCCGCCAGAGUUCCGCGUGGGGAUCCGGGCGGGAAACAGGAACCCCUGGCUGACGAUGAAUUACUGCGGCGGGGGUGCGGCCUCGCUGGAGUUUAAGGACCGGAGGAUCGCGCGGGGGAGGGCGCCCGCCACGAUCAACGGGAACGACGAGGGAAAUGCGAAUUUCACGGUGUGUUUGGCCGGGAACGGGACGGCGGCGCUGCCGAAGGCGGUGAAGGAGAGAUUGGGGAGUGAAUCGGAGAAAUACAUGGAGCUGGCGAUGGAUUUGACGGUGGAGAUGAGGAGCUUGUUGAGAAAUGAGGAGUUGAAAUUGCAGAUUUUUUGCGAUUUUAAGGUUCGGAAUUCAUUGGCAAAGAAUGCCAAAAUUUCAUGGCAAAGUUGUGUAAUUGGUUUAUAA